AUGGUCGUUUACAAGAAGCGGAGGCAGCUCUCCAUACCCUUAGGGGUUUUAGGAGAUCUGUCAGGACAGAAGAGCUACCAAAUAUCCAUGAAACAGUUCGGCGUGGUUCAUCACUACAGGCCGCUGAUACUCCUACUGGGCAUUUUCAUCCUAAGAGAACUCGGAGGACAAUACGCCGUCUUCUCGUACACGCUGUAUCUCUUCAACCGAACUGGGGUCAGCCUAGAUUCGUACACGUGCACCAUUCUGGUUGGAGUGGUUCGUCUUGUUUCGACGAUCAUCUCUUCCUCCCUACUAGACCGUGUGGGUCGCCGCCCUUGUCUCAUCGGCGCCUGCUUGACGUGCGCCGUUGCUGCGGGCGUCGGAGGCACUUUCGUUCUUCUCGAAGAGGUGGCUGGUAGUGCCUCUUGGGUGCCACUGGCCUCGGUUCUGGUAUUUGUGUCGGCCUAUGGGCUUGGUAUUGGCCCUGUGCCCUGGGUACUACUGGGGGAAUUACUUCCAACACCCGUGCGCUCCCUCGGAACCUCCGUCUGCACCUUCAGUUACGCCGUCAUGCAGUUCACGGUAGGCUACGUCUUUCCGGAAUUAUUGUUAGCCGUAGGAGUGGGAGGAGCCCUGCUGGUCUUCGGAGCGGUCAAGAUGAUCCUGACGGUUGUCCUAUGGCUAUUCCUGCCGGAGACACGAGGGCAGUCCUUACACGAGCUGCAGGAUGCGUUCAACCCAAGUCUUCCUAACCACCCUCUCGUUGACGUCGCUACGAACCAUAUCCUUGUUGAUGACGUCACGAGUUCAACUGGGGAGCUGGAGGACUAAUGGUGGCGACGCUAAGACUGAAAGAGGAAGGUAUGGAGCCCAAAGGCCUUUCGCUAUUGAAAUUG